AUGGCGUCUUUGGUCCGGGCGAGUUUCGCGUCUGUUGCAGCCCGGCUGGGUUGUGUGCCUACUUUCGCAGGGGCAUCUCGGCAUGUUUCAACGGUAGGGAAAGAUUAUACGAUUAUUGACCACACCUAUGAUGCCGUUGUCGUCGGUGCUGGCGGUGCUGGUCUUCGUGCUGCUUUUGGCUUGGCUAAUGAGGGCUUUAAAACUGCAUGUGUCACCAAGCUUUUUCCGACACGUUCCCACACCGUCGCUGCCCAGGGUGGUAUUAAUGCUGCUCUCGGAAACAUGGAACAGGACCACUGGAAAUUCCAUAUGUUCGAUACGGUGAAAGGUUCGGACUGGCUCGGUGACCAGGACGCUAUUCACUACAUGUGUGAAGAGGCUCCCAAGGCUGUUAUUGAGUUGGAGAACUAUGGAAUGCCUUUUAGCCGACUGGAAAAUGGCAAAAUUUACCAGCGUGCUUUCGGCGGUCAAAGUCUCGAUUACGGUAAGGGUGGUCAAGCUCAUCGGUGCUGCGCUGUUGCUGAUCGUACUGGGCACUCGCUUCUCCACACUCUAUACGGUCGCUCACUCCGUUAUGAAACCGAUUACUUCAUCGAGUACUUUGCGCUAGAUCUUCUGAUGGAGAAUGGUGCGUGCCGUGGCAUCAACGCGAUGUGUCUCGAGGAUGGGACGAUUCACCGGUUCCGAGCCAAAAAUACUAUCCUUGCCACUGGCGGUUAUGGUCGUGCUUAUUUCUCCUGCACCUCUGCACACACUUGCACCGGUGACGGUACUGCUAUGGUCACUCGUGCUGGCCUCCCCAACGAAGACAUGGAGUUCGUACAGUUCCAUCCUACCGGUAUUUAUGGCGCUGGUUGUCUCAUCACUGAGGGCUGCCGUGGUGAAGGUGGCUAUCUGAUCAACAGUGAGGGUGAGCGGUUUAUGGAACGCUACGCUCCCAAUGCCAAGGAUUUGGCUUCACGAGACGUGGUGUCUCGUGCUAUGACGAUUGAAAUCCGCGAGGGUCGUGGUGUCGGUCCUCGUAAGGAUCAUUGCUACCUGAAGCUGCAUCAUCUGCCUCCCGACCUUCUGAAAUCUCGGCUCCCCGGUAUCUCUGAGACUGCUGAAAUCUUUGCUGGUGUUGACGUUACAAAGGAACCGGUUCCUGUUCUCCCGACUGUGCACUACAACAUGGGUGGUGUGCCAACUAAUUACAAGGGACAGGUUAUCACUUAUGAUGCUGCCACCGGCAAGGACAAGAUCAUUCCUGGUUUGUAUGCUGCUGGUGAAGUUGCGUGUGCAUCUGUGCACGGUGCCAACCGUCUGGGUGCUAAUUCGCUUCUCGACCUUGUCGUCUUCGGUCGCGCUUGCGCCCUCGACAUUGCUGAGAAAUGCAAGCCCGGUGAUUUUGGCCCCGAGCUUCAUCCUGAAACCGGCAUGGAGUCGGUCGCCAACAUUGAUAAACUCCGGAGUGGAAAGGGCCAGUUCCCUGUCAGCGAUGUCCGCCUCGAAAUGCAACGCACUAUGCAAGAGCAUGCUGCUGUCUUCCGAGAUGGUCCUGUGUUGAAGGCUGGUGUCGAAAAGAUGUUAAAGCUCUACGCCGCCAAAUACGACAACCUUAAGGUGUCUGACAAGAGUCUCAUAUGGAACUCGGACCUUAUUGAAGGUCUUGAACUGCAGAAUCUCCUCAUUAACGCUGUGCAGACGAUUGUUGCUGCUGAGGCCAGGAAAGAGUCUCGGGGUGCUCAUGCCCGUGAGGACUUUAGGCAGAGAAUUGAUGAAUACGACUACUCAAAGCCGAUUGAAGGUCAAACCAAGAAGCCAAUGAGUGAACACUGGAGGAAACACACGAUGAGCUACCAAAACCUCAAGACCGGUGCCGUUAAACUUGAGUACAGACCCGUGAUUGACAAGACUUUGGAUCAGAACGUCUGCCCCACCGUGCCUCCGAAAAUCCGUUCCUACUAA